AUGAAUGUUCUUGCUAUAUGUAACUUCGAUAUGAAGUUCAUAUAUGCAUAUAUCGGUGUACCUGGUAGAGCACAUGAUUCAAAGGUCUUGACUCAUUGUGCGAGGAAUGAGGCUUCUUUCCCACAUCCUCCUCCUGGAAAGUAUUAUCUAGUUGACUCCGGAUAUCCGACGAGGACAGGUUAUCUUGGUCCGCAUCGUAAUAUGCGAUAUCAUCUUGGCCAAUUUGCUACAGGAGGACCACCAGUUAGUGCACGGGAGUUGUUUAACCGAAAACAUUCAGGUUUGCGAUCAGUGAUUGAGAGGACAUUUGGAGUAUGGAAAGCAAAAUGGAAGAUUUUGGAUCGUAAGCAUCCAAAGUAUGGUCUGGUCAAGUGGAUUAAGCUGGUGACAGCAACGAUGGCGCUACACAACUUCAUACGUGAUUCACAUCGGGAAGAUCAUGAUUUUGUACAAUGGCAAAGUGAUGAUGAUGGAGAUGGAGAAGGAGAAGAAGCUGAUAGUGACGGUGAUGAUGAUGAUGAUGAUGGUGGUUGCGGUGGUGGACAUUUUGUAUAUGAGCCGACCGGUGAUAGAGCGAUGGAAGCUUUGCGUGAUAACAUCACAAAUGAGUAUAGUAGAGGUCAUUUACCGUAUUAA